UGCGGGGGGCUGGUCUCCCCAGGACAGCGACAGCUAUCCGUGGCUCCAGGUGGACCUGGGCAGCCGGAGACAGGUGGUUGCCGUGGCAACACAGGGCAGGUACAGCAGCUCUGAUUGGACAACAAGGUACAGGCUGCUCUACAGCGACACGGGCAGAAACUGGAAGCCCUAUCACCAGGACGGAAACAUAUGGGUAGGUAACACAAAACCAGUGUGUGUGUGUACUUGUAUGUGCGUGUGUGUUUUCCUAUGGGAAUCAGCCAAAUGACCUGAUCAUGGUUCUGUUGUGUGGAAACCCACCAGUGAUAAAUGUGUUCUGUUCCACUGGAGGGAACAUCAAGCUGUUGUUUUUGUGUGCUGCGUCAUCAUCGUUUGAGACUCAUUAUUAAUUCAACAGUGUUAUGUUUCGGCCAUUAAACCUGAUCUAUUGCUUUUAAUAUUUCUGCAAAUUAAAAAUUAUUACACCAUCUAUCUUACAUCGCUUGUGUAACUGUUUUUAAGGGAUGUGACAUCUAUAUUGGUUUUUAAUUUAGCGCCGGUGUUAGUGUAAAUAUUACAGACUAAACUAAUAUUCAUCUGAUUAUUUUCUCUAACCUUUCUCACACACACACACACACACACACACACACACACACGGCCACACACACACACACCACACACACACACUCAGUACAAUACACCUACGUGAAAGACAGAACUUGGCAGAAAGGAUGAGAUUGUCUUGGAUGGAGUUUCUGUUAAAUCCUGUACCUCGCCAGGGCGAGAAAGUAAACUGCUAUGUAAAAAGAAAGUAUUCUCAAGGCAGGCUGCUGUAUCCAUGGUAGAUAAGUCCUGUUUUCAUUUCUGCACAAUAGGAUGAAGCUUAGACGAAUAUAUUGGUUAAAGCUCCCAUCUGGCUAAAGAAGGGAACAAGACACAAAGAGCUCUACCCUGGAAGCAUAUGCUGAGAAGAGAGGGAGGGGGGUAAAUAGGAAGUAUGGAAGGGAGAGAGAGAGAGAGAGAGAGAGAGAGAGAGAGAGAGAGAGAGAGAGAGAGAGAGAGAGAGAGAGAGAGAGAGAGGGAGAGAGAGAGAGAGAGAGAGAGAGAGAAUUUGGGGUAGGAGAUGGAUGGAGAGAAAGAGAGGUAAAAGUUUUAACCCGUCAUAGAACUGCUACCAAGGACAAGUGUUCCUUGGGAAAAGACAGGGUUGUUCAGUCAAGCCCAUCCCCACAUAUGUAGUACAGUAUGUGAUAAGUGAUCUCUGCUCUCUGUAUCUCUGCAGGCCUUCUCAGGCAACUCCAACACGGAGAGUGUGGUGCGACACGACCUGGCAAAAGGCAUUGUGGGCCGUUUCCUGCGUUUCGUACCGCUGGACUGGAGUGGAGAGGGACGCAUCGGCCUCCGCAUAGAGGUCUACGGCUGUUCCUACUGUGAGUACACACACAGACACACACACACACAAACACACACAGACACCACACACACAAAGGUGACUCACUGGGUUUGAAUCCUGGUCGUCUGUGUGCCACAAGACUGUGUUAGCCCACUGAGCUAAAGCCUAAGUGAAGUUUCUCACACAAGCCACCUCCAUUACACACCGCCACACACCUCAUAAGACCAAUAUAAUCAGUAGGAUGUUACAGCAAUGUGUCCCUGAGUCUGAGUCUCAUCUCUCACUAGAAAUGUCAUCAGCACUGGUCUUCAUUAUGAACUAAUUACAUCAACUACAUAAAUGAAGAUGGAAUUACAUUUAUGGACUGUCAAAACAGAACACACAUGGACACACGCACACACACACAGACAUACACACACACACACACACCCUUAUCCCCAUUGGAGUUCACACACUCCAGACCCUUCUCUCUCAUCCUGUUACGGACUGCUAAAUUGAUUUUGAUAAGAAAUGUUCAAUUAAGACUUGGCAUAAAUUACCGCUAUAAGUAACACGCGUACAUUUCUCAUUCCAGUGAAGUUAUUACUUUUUUCUAUUAGCUUCUCUGAACACACACACUCACACACACUCUGGCAGACAUACAGGCACGUACACACACACACACACACAGACAUGGAUAUAAUUAUUGCUUGGAUAACCUUAUUAACUAUUAUGUAUUGAUUUAUUUUUCACUCUUUAUGUGGUGCGCACUGCACAGAACACCUGAAGAAUUAUCACUGAAUAUCCCAGUGAAUUAUUGUAAUGUUUGUUUAUGUGUCAAUUAAUCCCGUAAGGGAUGGGUAGCCAACUGGCGAAUUGACAAGAAAAUAAAAUGUAAUUCAUUCAUUCGUUCACACACAAACAAACACGUUCUUUAUUCUGAUAAGACAUAGUGAAAGGUUUUCAUUUCUCUACUUCUUUAGUGUACAUUAGUUUUAAGUUGAAAGGAGAAGACAUUCUUUGAUAGACAGCCUGGAGAGACAGGGACAAUGUCAACAGGGAUAUGUGCUUCCUUUACUUGAGGGCUGCUGCUUGAAGUGAUGAUAACACAAUAUAACGAUAAACACACAAACACACACCAACACACACACACAUACUGGCACACACACACAAACACACACACACACACACAGUGCUUUAGCUUGUUUGUGGACCAUUGAAGUGAUGAUAAGACGAAUAGAAUUCGAUUCGGGCUGCUUCUCUAAUGUUUGUGUUUGCUUGACAGAUAUGAGUGAUGGUGGGGGUAAGGACACACACACACACUGCGUAGGGAUAUGUAUCAGUCUCUUGUCUGUGUGUGAAAGCGGUUGGUGCAUUCUGAUUUUCCUGUCAGAGCACAUCUCCCCGUCAUUCAUUCACUCAGCCAAAACAUAAUAUCAGUCAAUCAAUCAAUCAAAUGUAUUUAUAAAGCCCUUUUUACAUCAGCAGAUGUCACAAAGUGCUAUAUAGAAAUCCACCCUAAAACCCCAAACAGCAAGCAAUGCAGAUGUAGAAGCACGGUGGCUAGGAAAAACUCCCUAGAAAGGCAGAACCCUAGGAAGAAACCUAGAGAGGAACCAGGCUCUGAGGGGUGGCCAGUCCCCUUCUGGCUGUGCCAGGUGGAGAUUAUAACAGUACAUGGCCAUUAAGGCCAGAUUUUUCUCCAAGAUGUUCAAACGCUCAUAGAUGACCAGCAGGGUCAAAUAAUAAUCACAGUGGUUGUAGAGGUUGCAACAGGUCAGUACCUCAGGAGUAAAUGUCACUUGGCUUUUCAUAGCCGGGCAUUUAGAGGUUGAAAUAGCAGGUGCGGUGAGAGAGAGCUGAAAACAACAGGUCUGGGACAAGGUAGCACGUCCGGUGAACAGGUCAGGGUUCCAUAGCCGCAGCGGAAGAGUUGAAACUGGAGUACCAGCACGACCAGGUGGACUGGGGACAGCAAGGAGUCAUCAGGCUCAGGUUCUCCUCUCAUCAUCCUUCCCUCUGUUCCUAUCUCCCAUUCACUUAGUCAACCAAUAGACAUUAUCCCUCUCUCUCCCCCUCUCUCCCUCCUUCCAUCAUCCUUCCUUCAAUCCCUACUUGCCAUUAAUUCACUCAAACUAUCAUAUUGCUCCCUCCCUCCUCUCCCCUCAUCCCUCUCUCUUUCUUCCCUAAUUUUUUCCAACACAGCGUUAGAAUGUUUCCUCUUUCUAUGUCCUAACCCAGCAGGUUCCAGACCUGUUUCUGAGCUGUUCAUUUAUCCCAUCCCAUUAAUGCAUGGUAAUUUAUCCCAUUAACUCUCCAUUAAAGCAGCUUGCCAUGGUCCUGUGUGUGUGUGUGUGUGUGUGUGUGUGUGUGUGUGUGUGUGUGUGUGUGUGUGUGUGUGUGUGUGUGUGUGUGUGUGUGUGUGUGUGUGUGUGUGUGUGUGUGUGUGUGCGUGUGUGUGUGUGCGUGUGUGUGUGUGUGUGUGUGUGUGUGUGUGUGUGUGUGUGUGUGUGUGUGUGUGUGCGUGCGUGUGUGAUCCAAUCAGUUCUGAGCCCUCUUAUCUAACCUUCUCCCUGUACUCUACCCGUCUGUGUCCGCUCAAAUAGAUAUGGCAGUGACACACACACACACACAUUCACACACUCACACACACACACCUCUCUCCCGUGUCCACUCAAACAGAUGUGGUGAUGAUGAUAAUGAAAUUUGAGCAGCAGUGAAUUUUAUCUAACCUCCCUCUCUUCUCUUCUCUCCACCUCUCAUCUCCUAUCCUCCGUCUCCACUUCUCUGUUACUCCUUUCAACUUCAACCCCCCUUCCCUCUCUCUCUCUCUCUUUCCCUCUCUCUCUCUUUCUCAGGGGCAGACGUAAUAAACUUUGAUGGACAGGGAGUUAUAUCUUACCGAUUUAAGGUAAGAAAUAAAUCCUUCCUUUUUUAUGUAGUCAUGUCUGUCUCUGUUUACUUCCGCUUAAGUCUUUGAGACCAUAUUCUUCCAUUCCAGUCCUGGAUAGCUACUGGGGGCUACUGGGGUGUGCAGGCUUUAGUUCCAGCCCAGCACUAACAUACCAGGACCGGAAUUGAAGAAGUCUGUCAGUUAUAUUUAAUCUGACUUAUAAAAUAAAUACAUUAUUAUUUGUAAUAUAUAAAACAUUGUUUCCAACCCCAGGUGAAGAAGAUGAAGAUUAUAAAGGAUGUGAUCGCUCUGAAGUUUAAGACAUCAGAAAGUGAAGGAGUCAUUCUACAUGGAGAGGGACAGCAAGGAGAUUAUAUUACAUUGGAGCUAUGCAAGGCCAAACUACUGCUGCAGAUUAACCUAGGUAUAAUACACACACACGCUCAUGCACACACACACACACACACACACACACACACACACACACACACACACACACACACACACACACACACACACACACAUGCACAUAUGCACACACACACACGUACACACACAUACACAUGCACACACACACACACACACACACACACACACACAUACACACACACUGUCCUGAUGUGUGUUUAAUCCUGUGAUCUCCAGGCAGUAACCAGUACGGUUCGAUCCUGGGCCACACCUCUGUGACGUCUGGAAGUCUAUUGGAUGAUCACCACUGGCACUCUGUGGUGAUUGAACGAUACCGACGCAACGUUAACUUCACACUGGACACACACACACAACACUUCAGAACCAACGGAGAGUUUGACCAUCUGGAUCUAGACUACGAGGUAAGAAGCUAAAGAAACACAACACAGCGCACACAGACACACACAGACACACACAGACACACACAGACACACAUAAUUGUUCCACUGCUUCAGAAGCCGCUGCAGACACAUUGAAUACUUUAUCUUUGUAUGUAGAGGGUUCCCAGUUACCAUCUACUAACUACGAUCUCAGCAAAACAUCUACGCACACACACACAGCCUACCAGCACACACAGCACAAUCUUUCCCCUUCCCCUGCGCAUCAUCUUCAUCUUUGUGUAAGUCUCUCAGUUUCUCCUCCUCCCUCUCAACUCUCUCCCUACCUCUGCACCGCCUCUUCUCCUCCCUCUCCAGCUUAGCCAUACGCCUAAGCUGCUAUUCACCUCUCGUCCUGAUAACGCGUCAUCCCUCUCCCCAUGUCUGAUCCUACUCACCUCUUAAACUCCUCGUGCGUGUCAUCGUCCUCUCUCCCUCAUCUAGCACUCUGCUCCGCUCCUCUGCCUCACUCCGACGUCUAGCUAGCGACGACUCACAGGAGCCAGACCUGGCAGACGGAAGCGGGCGAGCGAGGUAGACGAGAGAACGCGCGCAUCGCCGACACGCCUCCAUGCGAUGUCCUCGAGAGCGUGGCGCAGUCGACUCUCUGUCUCGACGUCUAUGCGACGCUGCGCUUGAUAGCUAUCGGAGCAUACGCGACGCAGCUAUCUCUCUAUCUCACCUUAAGCUCUCUCCCUUAUCUCCCUACUCUCUCUCCCCACUCUCUUCUCUCCUCACUCCUCUCUCCCUCACUCCCUCUCUCCCUUACUCUCUCUCUCCCUUUCCUCCCUCUCUCUCUUUCAUUUUCCUCCAAGCGUCAGCUAUAAUUACCAGUGUGUGCGGUUCGAUUUGUUUCCUGUACUUUGAGUAGUACUUGAUACCAGAGGAAAUUAGAGUUACACUCACUCAUCAGGACUAAUCCAUAUUAGACAAUUAAUGCUGGAUGUUAAUGCAAUGAAACAGUACUGCACACUAAUACCACUUACAACAGGAAAUUGAUUUUUAAAUACCAAGAAAUAUCAUACGAACAAACGGAUGUGCAACAAGCGAAUGUGCAUGCAUAUACACGUGGGUAUAAUGUGACGGUUGAUGAGGAUAUUGGUAGUUGAUUCAUUGACUAACUGAGUCACUCCUGACAGCGUGACUGCUUUUACUCAGUGCAGAACUACCCAGUCAAUCUUUUAAGCCCUUGGUGUGUCUGGUUAAAGCCUGGAUUCCCUUGUACGCUCUUGGCUUUAAUUAAUAUGGGUAGUGAAGCAUCACAGUACACACACAUACACACACACACACACACACACACACACACACACUGAAUGAUGACACAUGCAAUAACAUUUAAGGAGCACUAAGACAGUAAAGGAAAAACACAGAAUCCCUCUUAGAAGACAGCAUGUCAAAAUGCUAUUUUAUACGUUGUUCUCUCCCUCUUUUUCUGACUUAUCUUAUCUCUCUCCCUCUCUCUACUGUAGUUGAGUUUUGGUGGCAUGCCCUACAGUGGUAAGCCAGUGGGAGAUGGGAUGAAGAAUUUCAGAGGCUGUAUGGAGAGCAUCAACUACAACGGCGAUAACAUCACUGAUCUGGCACGACGCAAGAAGCUAGACACUUCCAGCUUUGUAAGUUACACACACACACACACACACACACACACACACACACACACACUGUCAUGGUCUAUCUCUGUUUCUUUUUUUUCUGUCUCUCUGUCUCCAUCUCUGUCUCCGUCCCUGUCAUUGUCUCUGUCUUGUCCGUCUCUCUCUUGGUACAAUACAUUUUCAUCUUACCUUCUUAACAUAAUACUUGAUGAAAGCAAACAGCUAAUGAUAAUCACAAGUAAUGAUGAGCAUCUUCUCUCUCUCUCUCUCUCUCUCUCUCUCUCUUUCUCUCUCUCCUUAGCGUAAUCUGUCGUUCUCUUGCGUGGCGUCUCACUCCUUCACAGUUUUCUUCAACGCCACCAGCUUCUUGCAGCUCCCGGGAAGAGCCAAUCAGGAUGUAGUAUCACUGGGGUUCCAAUUCCGCACCUGGAACGCUGACGGACUCCUCCUCUUCAGUAACCUUGAUGACGGAACACUUGAGAUCGCCCUUGACGAUGGGAAGGUUGGAGUUCACUUCAACGUGACGCAGACGAAGAACACCAGGAUAGACAUAUCAUUGGGUAGGAAGAGAACACACACAGACACACCCACCCAUCACAGCCGUCUGUGUGUCUCCAAUCCUGCCAUCUUGGUAGCGAUGAUGGUUGCCUCUAACAAC